AUGUUCUCCUCUGUGAAGGCCUUUGAGGGGCAGCAUUACUCCACCCUCAAGAGGCAGUGUCUACAGAGUGGAGCAUUGUUUGAGGACCCGCUGUUCCCCGCUGUGGAUGAUUCGCUCUUCUACCUGGGGAAUCGGAUCGGCCGUGUCCACUGGAAAAGACCUGAGGAGCUGUGUGACGAUCCUCACUUGUUUGUGGACGGGAUCAGUGCCCAUGACUUGCACCAAGGGCAGCUGGGAAACUGUUGGUUUGUGGCGGCCUGCUCUAGUCUGGCCUCCCGAGAGUCACUCUGGCAGAAAGUUAUCCCAGACUGGAAGGAGCAGGAAUGGGACCCGGAGAAGGCUGACUCUUAUGCAGGAAUCUUUCACUUCCGCUUCUGGCGCUUUGGCGAAUGGGUGGACGUGGUGAUCGAUGACCGUCUGCCCACGGUGGACAACCAGCUGGUUUACUGCCAUUCCAAUGACAGCAAUGAGUUCUGGAGUGCCCUUGUGGAAAAAGCCUAUGCCAAAGUGUAUGGCUGUUAUGAAGCACUGGACGGUGGAAACACGGCUGAUGCUCUGGUGGAUUUCACUGGUGGUGUGUCUGAACCGAUGGACCUGCUGGAGGGUCAGUUCGCUCAGGAUGAAACUGCCAGAAACCAGCUCUUUGAGAGGGUGCUUAAGGUUCAUAAUCGUGAUGGCCUUAUCAGCUGCUCCAUCAGGGCAACGACAGUAGAGGACAUGGAGGCACGCCUGGACUGUGGAUUAGUGAAAGGCCAUGCCUACGCAGUUACCGACGUACGCAAGGUUCGUCUGGGACAUGGCCUGCUGGCUUAUUUUAAGUCUGAAAAGCUGCACAUGAUCCGCAUGAGGAACCCCUGGGGUGAGAAGGAGUGGAGUGGACCCUGGAGUGACAGCUCAGAAGAGUGGAAGAAAGUGAGCAAGAGUGAGAGAGAGAAGCUGGGCGUCACUGUUCAGGAUGAUGGAGAGUUUUGGAUGAACUUUGAGGAUUUCUGUCACUACUUCACGGACCUGAUCCUGUGUCGACUGAUCAACACAUCCUACUUGAGCAUCCAUAAGACCUGGGAGGAGGAGGUGAUGAGGGGCUCGUGGCUCCACCGAGACGAGCCGCUCCGCAACCGUGCCGGAGGCUGCAUUAACCACAAAACCACAUUUCUGCAAAACCCGCAGUAUGUUUUUGAUGUAAGAAAAGUGGAAGAUGAGGUGCUGAUCUGCCUGCAGCAGAAGGAGCGCAGAGCUACUCCAAAAGAGGGCAAAGGAGAGAAUCUGGCCAUUGGAUUUGAUAUCCAUAGGGUGGAGUUGAACAGAAAGUACAGAAUGCACUCGGCCCAGCAGAAGGUCGCAGGGUCCAUCUACAUCAACUCUCGCUGCGUCUUUCUCCGGAAAGAGCUAAAGGAGGGCCGUUACGUCAUCAUCCCCACAACAUUUGACCCCGGUCAGCAAGGAGAGUUCCUGCUCAGAGUCUUCACUGAUGUGCCUUCAGACUGCAAAGAAUUAACUCUGGACGAGCCUCCACAAACAUGCUGGACUGGGAUGUGUGGAUACCCUCAGCUGGUCACACAGGUGCAUGUGUUAAGUGCCGAGGGCCUGCAGGGCCAAGACGCCAAUGGAGCCUCUGACCCGUAUGUGAUCAUCACUUGUGAAGGGGAGAAGGUCCGCUCUCCUGUGCACAAAGACACGCGCUGCCCUAAUUUUGACAUCAAGGGAAUAUUCUACCGCAAAAAGCCAAAGGAAGGCAUUCACAUCGAGAUCUACAAUAAGAAUGUGAUUGUUGACACCUUCCUGGGUCAGGUAACCCUCUUUAGUGACCCAAAUGACCGCCAAGAGCAGCACACGGUCUACCUUAAAGACAAGGGCAGUCGGCAGGACAACAACCUUCCGGGGACGCUGACUGUGCGUGUGAUCACCUGCACCACUUUAACCAACAUCUGAUCAGAAACCAAACACCUGCAUCCCACCUCUUCACACUCUCUGCUUGGGUUCCUCAUUC